AUGGCUACUGCCUACGAGAGAACUGUAUCAACGCCGGAAGCACAGCUGCCUUCAAGAGAGAAGACCAAGAACUCAAAUAAGCAGAUUCUGCAGCAACAGAGCACAAUUGCAGCAGACUCAGAGGGACAGAGUGCAGCUGUUAUGGAGAGGGAUGUCUUUGGCAACGAAGAAGGUGCUGAGACUGCCUAUAAGACCUGCGAAUGGUGGCACACGGGAAUUUUAAUGAUAGCCGGAAACGUCUCCCUUGGCGUCCUUGCCCUCCCGCAAGCCCUCGCCAUUCUCGGCCUCGUCCCCGGCCUCCUCUGCAUCUGUUUUCUCGGCCUCAUCGCCACCUACACGGGCUGGAUAAUCGGCGAAUUCAAGCUCGCACACCCUCAAGUACAUUCCUUCGCCGAUUGUGGUUUCCUGAUUGCAGGGCCCAUCGGCCGCGAGGUGCUCGCCGUAGCUCAAGUGUUCAUUCUGAUCUUUGUAAUGGGCGCGCAUCUCUUGACGUUUGCCGUGGCCAUGAACGCUAUCACGGAGCAUGGAGCUUGCACUAUCGUUUUUAGCGUUGUAGGCUUGACGGUGUGCUUUUUGUUAGGGUUGCCAAGGACAUUUAAGAAUGUUAGCUAUUGUAGCAUCUUCUCUUGCCUCUCUAUCAUCAUCGCUGUUCUAGUGGCUAUGAUUGCGAUCGGAAUCGAAAAAUCAAACAAGGGCGACAUCCUCGCUGUGCGCAAAGGCGUACCACUCGUAAAGGGCCUAGGUCCCGUUUUGAAUAUCGUUCUAGCAUACACCGGCCACGUAGCAUUCUUCUCCUUCCAGGCGGAGCUCAGAAACCCCCGUGACUUCAACAAAGCCCUCGUCUUCUCGCAAUCCAUCGCAAUAACCUUCUACAUGACUAUCUCCGUCGUAAUAUACUACUUCGCAGGUCCGCUUGUAGCCUCCCCCGCGCUCGGCUCCGCGUCCCCUCUUAUGAGCAAAGUCUGCUUUGGCAUCGCUAUCCCGACCAUCGUCAUCGCUGGCGUCAUUGCUGGCAGCGUGGCGUGCAAAUACAUCUAUAUCAGGGUGUGGGCUGGCACGGAUGUGGUACACAGCAAUAGCUGGACGAGCGUGGGGAGUUGGGUGGGAAUCUGUGCUGGGAUCUGGUGCGUGAGCUGGGUGCUUGCAGAGGCCGUGCCGAAUUUUAAUCUCCUGUUGGGGCUGGUUGGGGCGCUCUUUGGAAGUUGGUUCAGCUAUGCAAUUCCGCCUGUGCUAUGGAUGUAUCAGCACAAGGGAAGGCUGUUUUCGUCGAAGAAGAUGAUAGCGCUUACGGUGAUGAACUGUGCUGUUUGUCUGAUGGGUCUGACGAUUUUUGGACUAGGCAUGUGGUCGUCGGGCUGGGAGCUUAAUCGCGGAUCCGGUGGCAAGGUCUUCUCGUGUGCGAACAACUGGAAUCCUGUCAGCUGGGUAGGAGAGGAUGCGAAGUCUCACUGAUUCUGACAUGGUCUUCAUCGGUACAAGUAGCGAGUUGAGUGGGCGCAAGGUCAUAGUACCAAUUUGAUUGUUUAUACGGUAGAGACAGUGAUCAUACAAUA